GAGACGAGCUAUAUAUUCUCGCCGGGCGAUCGGGUCAAACCUAAAUCGCUCUUGAUUUCUCCGAUCGCCCUCGGGCCGCGGCGCCGGUGAAAUCGGAGGCGACGCUUCUCCUCCUCUCGCUGCCUCGGGCGGCCCUCGCGCAGUUUCUUAUGCCCGCCAAUCGUUGCGCAGAAUCCUAAAUCAACUCAAAUUGAGAGGUUCUUCAUCGGGAAUUAUUGGAGGGGUGGUGGUAUUGGCUCUCCGAUUGGCCUCAGCGUGUGUUAAUGGCAGACAGGGCAUGUGUCAAACGCCUUCAAAAAGAAUAUCGUGCAAUUUGCAAAGAACCACCUCCUCAGAUUGUGGCGCGUCCUUCUCCUUCUGAUAUUCUUGAUUGGCAUUUUGUACUUGAAGGAAGUGAAGGCACACCAUUUGCUGGUGGAUGUUACUAUGGAAGGCUCAAGUUUUCCCCUGAGUACCCAUUCAAGCCUCCCAGUAUUCGCAUGGUAACUCCCAAUGGACGGUUUGUCCCUAAUGAGAAAAUCUGCUUAUCCAUGAGUGACUUUCAUCCAGAGUCCUGGAAUCCUAUGUGGUCUGUAUCAAGUAUAUUGACAGGGCUUCUAUCCUUCAUGUUGGAUAAACAUCAGACUACUGGCAGCAUUAGAUCUUCUGAUAAUGAAAAGCGAGAACUAGCCAAGGCUUCACUGGCAUACAAUUGUGAAAGCAAGAAUUGCCCUAGUUUUAAGAAACUCUUCCCAGAAUAUGUAGAGAAGUACAACAAACAAAAGUCUCGAGCAUCGGCCAUUUCACAACAGCCACCGGAGGAUAAAUCAGGUCACCUGUCCGCCAAAGCAGAACAAACUGGAACACAAGAUCUCAAAGAGUUUGUAAAUGAUGCUGGUAAGAGAAGGCAGGGAAAGCAGUUGCCAUUCUGGAUAGUACUGCUGUUGUUAUCCAUCUUUGGCAUCGUCAUAGCCUUGCCUCUGAUGCAACUUUGAAUGGUGGCUAGGAAAAGGAAUAAAUUCCACAUUACAGGCUACAAAUUAUUAUAUUUGUGCGCUGUAGAUUUUUGUAUAGUCUAAGUUGGAUCCAGAUAGCGGUACAAACUUUUUCUGAUGAGCUGACAUCUUCUAGUUUAACUUGUUGAAAUACAUUUAACCAUUCAAUUUCUCAUUACCGGCAUCA